CAGCCUCUAUCGGUGGCUUGUAUUGCGAGGGACUGAUUAUUAUUCUUUUGAAAAAGAAUAACACGCGAAUUUUUUUUACGAACAAAGACUCUUUCCCGUUGAUUAUCUUCUUGUAGAGCAUUUUAACAAGAAUAUGGCCCGACUACAAGCUAGAGAUGAAAGAAACUUCACUGGCUCGCUUCCUGAUCUCAAAGCCUCAYUAAAAGCUACAGAACAACAAACAAAGGUAGUGGAUCAGAAUAUUACGACCGUUGAGACUCACUUUCCCAAACUCUCCACUGUUUUACAGCGAUAUGCAGUUGGAACGGCGAAACUGCGCGACAAAGGCGACGCGUUGCAUAAAGCAGUGGCUACGUAUGCAGAAAACGAGUCCCAAUCGAUGAAAGAAGGACUUAACAUCUUCGCGGAUUGUCUAGCUGCUGUUCAAGAUUACAGAGACGCUCACGUUCAUCGCCUCGAGGAUCAACUCGUGGAAGGGCUGGUAGUUUACGAAACUAAGUGCAAACAAGCUCGAAAUGAUGUCAAGAACAGCUCCUCUCUUUGUACUAAGGAAGUAAAGAGUUUCAAUACUUUGGAGAAGGCACAAACUCAAUCGGGUAAUAGAAGCCGCAUCUCUAAAGCCCAAGCAGAAUUUCAAAAAGCCUCCGGUGAGGCAAAUCGAUCUCUACAAAUUCUUCGGCAGCAAAUGAAUGAAUUUGAGGUUCAAAAAAUGCGCGAUGUUAAGAAGAUUUUCAGUGAAUUCGUUCGUGGGGAAAUGGAAUUCUGUGCACGUGCUUUAGAGGUAUACACCAGGGCCUACCAAGCCAUACAUAACAUCGAUGAAAACCAAGAUCUCGAUCGGUUUAAUCAAUCAUUGCUUGUCAAACCACCGACUUGGGGCUCGGCUCCUGCUCUUUCGUCUGUUGGUCGGUAUAACAGUACACCGUCGCUAGAGAAUGUUAUAGAAGAAGAAGAUGAUCUAAACAGAACAUUAUGAGGAAGUUAACUAUCGUUUAUCAACUACAAACUCGCCCAGAAAGAGAUCUACAAGAGUACUUUUAAUCCGUAAAAGAUUUUAUAUUACAACCACGCUAAAAAUAUAUAAUUAGUAUAAUACAUAGUAAAGAGAAAAUUCAUCAACUUGGCGAACUGUAUAAUUUCUAGCCUAGUAAAAAAAACUAUAUAAAAUGAAAUCAUCAUUGACUACAGGAUUGAUGCGUUGGAAAGAUUUUAACACGAAUUCAACAGAAUAUUUAUUGAGAUGAAUAAAUUUUAUCUUUAUGUAAAUAUUAGCAAAGUGUCACCUAGAUACCAAAGUGCAUUUAUUACCAAAAUUUAAAAGAAAUUUUUUUUUUAUAGCCUAAGAAAUUAUAUAGAAUAAAAUGCGUUGGUACUUGA